AUGACUUCUCCCGCUCCCCUCUCUCGCAAUGAGUCCCAAGCCUCCAGCCGACGGAGUACCAGUCUCGGCUCUCGCUUAUUUCGAUCAAAGAGCGGCGAAGCCCUGGGUGACCGCAAGAGCUCUGCGAGCCGUCUGAAGAAGAAGCAACAGGAAAUGGACGAAGCCGUCAAGGUCACACAGUCGCCUCCUCGCCUGCCAAAUUACAACCCGCAGCCACUGGGCAUUCAAUCGUUUGGUGGAGAAAACUACAACCCCCAGCAACCAAAUGGCGCGAAGAACACCCCUCCAGUCCCUCCUCUGCCGGGAAACUUGGAAAAGGAUGCUGUCGAUCCAUAUGCGAGGACUGAGAGCAUGACCCACCGCGGUCGAUAUUCCUAUGCGAACUCCACCGUGUCCACCAUCAACUCCCCCCGGAGAGUUCGACGUCGCAAAGACCCCACCCCGUACAACGUCCUCAUCAUCGGCGCUCGGAAUGUCGGCAAGACUUCUUUCCUUAACUUCCUCAAGAGCUCCCUUGCUUUGCCGGCAAGGAAACAACCGACUCGAGCGCCAGAUGGCGACACCCCUCCCUCGUCCGCAAGAGCAAAUCCCAACUUUGUCCACCACUAUCAAGAGAUCGAGGUCGAUGGGGAGCGGAUCGGCUUGACGUUAUGGGACUCUCAGGGGUUGGACAAGGGCGUUGUUGACCUCCAGUUGAGAGAUAUGAGCAAUUUUGUGGAAAGCAAAUUCGACGAUACCUUCCUGGAGGAGAUGAAGGUCAUUCGCGCCCCGGGCGUCAGAGAUACCCACAUUCAUUGCGUCUUCUUUGUCCUUGACCCGGCCCGGCUGGACGCCAACAUCAACGCCGCUGAAGGUGCCAGCAACGGCAUGGAACCCACGCGCGUUGGCAAGCCAUCCCGCAUUGUCGGCGCGCUCGACGAGGAUUUUGACAUUCAAGUCAUGAAGACCUUGGCCAGCAAAACCACUGUCAUCCCAGUCAUCAGCAAGGCGGAUACCAUCACCACGGCACACAUGGCGUUUCUGAAGCAAAAAGUCAGCCGGAGUCUGAAGAAGGCCGGUCUUGAUCCGUUGGAAGCUUUGAGUUUUGAUGCCGAAGACGACGACGACGAGCGUCUGGACGAACGUGAUGAAGACGAAGACAGCAGUGCCGCAGAUUCGGAGGACCAGGCUUCAGCCCGGAGUGAUGAUUCUGAUGCCAAAGACCCGGCGACCACGAAACGUCCAGGCACCCAUAAGCGCCAAGUGUCCACCGAGGAUGCUGUGCUUGACAGUGGCUACGUCCCGUGGUCGAUUCUCAGCCCGGACAAAUACUCUCUGGAGGCAAAGGACGGCCCGGUUGGUCGACAUUUCCCCUGGGGGUUUGCCGACCCGUACAACCCCAAUCAUUGUGAUUUUGUGAAGUUGAAGGACGCUGUAUUUGGGGAGUGGCGAUCCGAGUUGCGAGAGGCCAGCCGUGAAGUGUUCUAUGAACGCUGGAGGACGAACCGUCUCAAUCGCCGAACUCUGCCCCCCAAUGCGACCAACGGUCUGCCGUCGGGGCCCAGACAGAGCACUGGCGGGAUUCCCAUUCCUCUCCAACCCCGUGUGCGAUAA